CUGUAGUCCCGCUCCUGUCUAUUAUGCCAGAAAGUGUAUGUUUGGAAAAAUAAAAUCACAGCUGAAUUGUUGCAUGGAAGGACUGAAGGUUUCUCUUCUGCUUCGGCAACAAGAAUCUUUUUCUUUCUCUUUUUUCAUGGCCAUCCAUCUCUUUAGACUUCCAAAAGAAGCACAUGAAAUAAAUAACUGCAAAAUAAUACACUUAAAGAAAGAUUGUUAGUGUUCUUUUAUUGAUCUUGAGAGUAGAAGGAGAAAACGAAGAAGACAGAGUUGUGGUAUUAAUUAUCAGGUCACUUGUGCAUGAAUGAUGUUGUGGUUCUUACAAGUUUUCUUGAACCCGUGUCGCUAAAUUGUCUUUGCAUGUAGAGAGAAAAAGCGUGUCAGUAGGAUUUAGAGGACCCUCAUUGACAUGUCUAUGAGUGCGUGGUGGUUGAGCUUUUUGAGUUGAAGUGGGUGGUCUCUAGAGACUGUGAUGUAACAUUUGAGGCUUCCUAAAUUUCUCUCUUUUAAGGAUUGGAAGGAGGUUGUGUAGUUAGGUUUUCAAUGGUGUCAUCAAGUGUGAAAUGAAAGUAAAUGUUCCUAGUCUGAACGCCAUUGAGCCAUUUUUGAAGAUUAAAUCUUGUCCUGAUUUUGGAGAUUUCUUUGGAGUUUGUUGAGGGUAUGUCUUCAAUUUGAAGUCAUAAUCCUCCAGUAGUCAGUUUUAAUUGACCUUUUUUGCUACAGGGCUUAAGAAAAACUCGUGGGUUUGGAUUUGUUUCAUCUUAGAUUUUAUUCUUGAUGAUUUUUAGAGGGAUAGAAUAAGCACAAGUUUGCAGAUCAAUUUAGAAGCUUCUUCACUUCCAGUUUGAGCUCAGAAGGGAUCAAACUGGUUUGCCUAUCCACCCUGUGAGCUGAUGCUCAUUUUCUAUUCCUUGAGAGCUCUGCAAUAUCUUCUAUGCUUUACCCGUGUGCUGAUUCUUUGUACACAACAAAUGGCGAAGGCAUUUCGAUAUUCCGCAAUUCUACUUUGCGUUGUCCUUGUGCUUUUAAUUAGUGGUUCAGAGCAAUUACAAUCCUCCCAGGGUGAAACCCUUUUGAGAAUUCAGCGGCUUUUGAACUAUCCAUCUUCUCUAAGCAGUUGGAAUAGCUCGAUUGACUUCUGCAACAGCGAACCAAAUGCAUCUGUAACUGUAGCAUGCUAUGAGAAAAGCAUAACGCAGCUGCAUAUUGUUGGCAACAAGGGAACUCCUCUUUUGCCUGGAAACUUUUCAAUCGAUUCAUUUGUCACAACAGUUGUCGGCCUGCCGACUUUGAAAGUCUUGACAUUGGUUUCUCUAGGUCUAUGGGGUCCCUUGCCUGGUAAAAUUGCGCGUUUGUCUUCAUUGGAAAUACUUAACAUGAGCUCAAAUUUCCUAUAUGAUGCUAUCCCUCAAGAGCUUUCAUCAUUAUCUGGCCUCCAAUCACUGGGACUUGAUGAUAACAUGUUUGCUGGUAAGGUGCCAAAUUGGAUCGGUUCACUUCAAGUUUUGUCUGUCUUGAGUCUCAGGAAGAAUAUGCUCAAUGGUUCAUUGCCAGAUUCAUUGAGUACUUUGGAAAAUCUUAGAGUUCUAGCACUUGCACACAACUACUUCAAAGGAGAAGUUCCUGACCUUAGCAGUUUGACAAACCUUCAAGUGCUUGACUUGGAAGAUAAUGCUUUCGGACCCCAGUUUCCUCAGCUUGGAAACAAGUUGGUUUCUCUUGUGUUGAGCAGGAACAAGUUCAGGGAUGGCCUCCCGGCUGAAGUGACCUCCUAUUAUCAACUUCAAAGGCUAGAUCUCUCAAAUAAUACAUUUGUGGGACCAUUUCCACAAUCAUUAUUGUCAUUGCCAUCAGUAACUUACUUGAACAUUGCAGAUAACAAGUUUACGGGAAUGCUUUUCGAAAACCAGUCUUGCAGUGCUGACCUUGAGUUUGUGGAUUUGUCCUCGAAUCUUAUGACCGGACACAUGCCGAAUUGUCUUCUGCAAGACUCCAAGAAAAAGGCCUUGUAUGCUGGGAACUGUCUCGCAACUGGUGAUCAAGACCAACAUCCUAUUUCCAUUUGUCGUAAUGAAGCAUUAGCUGUUGGGAUUUUGCCUCAGCAAAAGAAAAGGAAACCUUCUAAAGCAAUUAUUGCAAUCAGUGUAAUAGGAGGGAUUGUUGGAGGAAUUGCCCUUGUUGGUUUGAUUUUCUUGGCCGUGAGAAAGGUGAAAUCCGGGAAGACAAUCCAGAAAUCAACAAUUAGAUUAAUUGCAGAGAAUGCAUCAACAGGGUACCCUACAAAGUUGCUCUCGGAUGCAAGGUAUAUUUCUCAAACAAUGAAGCUAGGAGCACUUGGCCUUCCAGCAUAUCGUACCUUCUCACUAGAAGAGCUAGAGGAGGCCACAAACAAUUUCGACACAUCUGCUUUCAUGGGUGAAGGUUCUCAAGGGCAGAUAUACAGGGGCCGGCUUAAGGAUGGUUCCUUUGUCGUCAUCAGAUGCUUGAAAAUGAAACGAAGUCAUGGUACCCAUAACUUUAUGCACCAUAUAGAGCUCAUUUCAAAACUCAGACAUCGACAUUUGGUCAGUGCUCUUGGACACGGCUUUGAGUACUACUUGGAUGAUUCAAGUGUCAGCAGAAUAUUUCUGGUUUUCGAAUAUGUACCAAAUGGCACGCUAAGAAGCUGGAUCUCUGGAGGACAUGCCAGGCAAAAAAUUCAUUGGACACACCGUAUAGCUGCUGCAAUAGGUGUAGCAAAGGGAAUCCAAUUUUUGCAUACAGGGAUUGUGCCUGGUGUAUAUUCAAAUAAUCUGAAAAUAACAGAUGUUUUAUUGGAUCAGAAUCUUGUUGCAAAAAUUAGCAGUUAUAACCUGCCCUUAUUAGCAGAAAACAGGGGAAUGGUUGGCCAUGGAGCAUCUUCUGGUGCAUCCAAAGAUCUUAGCCUUAGUGCAAGGAUAAAUCAAGACGAGAAGGUUGAUGUUUAUGACUUUGGAUUAAUAUUGCUCGAAAUCCUUUUGGGGAGAUCAUUGACCUCUGGGAAUGAUGUAGAUGUUCUACAAGAUCAGCUGCAAGCAAGCAUUACACGUGAUGAUGCUGCUCGAAGGAGCAUGGUUGAUCCAGCAGUGAGAAGGGUAUGUUCAUAUCAAUCACUAAAAACAAUGAUGGAGAUCUGCGUCAGGUGUCUGCUCAAGAACCCUGCAGACAGACCUUCAAUCGAGGAUAUUCUGUGGAACUUGCAGUUCGCUGCUCAAGUUCAGGAUCCCUGGCGGGGAGACUCCCAGAGCAGUGAAGGGUCUCCAGUCGCAGCUACCCACCAACCGCAAUUACAUAUUACCAUUCAUUAGCAGUAACAUUUAGGUUCUUACAAUUUCUCCCAUAAUGAGAUCUUAGUUACUAUUUCACUUUAUGGUAUGGCCUUGUCCUUCGAUACGCGAAUGUGGUAAUGAAAUUUUGGUCUGUAUAUGAUGCAUCUUCAAAGGCUA